UUUCACAUUGUCACAUGCUCUCAUUCAGAAGUUUCAUUUUGGAAGGAGGACUUCAACCCUUACCAGCAAAGAUGUCUAAUGGAAAUCAAAGCAAACGAAGUUCAGUAAGAAUCAGUCAUUCUCUGAAUGAAGCUGAGAAAGAUCAUGUGACCAGCAGGAGAGUUUCAGUUCUGCAGUGUCUUCUACAGCAGGACAUACAAUGUAGCCCGGAUGAUGUCCCCAACAUCGCAUUACUGGGUUCUGGGGGAGGUGAGAGAGCCAUGCUGGGUUUUCUGGGAUCACUGGUCCAACUGGACAAAGAGGGUCUUUUGGACAUCAUGUUGUAUCUGGGUGGGGUCUCAGGAUCAACCUGGUGCAUGGCAUCUUUAUACAAAGAACCAGACUGGUCCAGCAAUUUGGAGAAAGUGAAAGAUGACAUUAUACAGAGACUUGUUGGUGCUGAAAUCAGUUUCAGGGACAAAAUGUCUACACUCAAAAAAUACUCCCAAAAAGACAAUUUCAGUCUGACUGACAUCUGGUCAGCGCUAGUUAUAAGUAAGAUUGUCAAAGAGAUAGAUGAGCAUGCUGUCACUGAUCAGAGGAGCCAACACAGCAAAGAUCCUUAUCCCAUCUACACAGUUAUCGACAAGCACAGCAGUCGUGAUCAAUUGAAAGCAGAUAUCUUUUUUGAGAUCACUCCUCAUGAGGCUGGCUACUCCCUCACUGGUGCCUUUGUAGAUUCCUCCUGUUUUGGAAGUCAGUUCGACCAAGGGUGUAAAAUUAAUGACCAGCCUGCAAUGGACAUGUUGUACCUGCAAGGUCUAUGUGGCAGUGUUUUAGCUGACUUCAUACAUAUACUGGAGCAUCUAUUAAGUGAAAUCAAAAAAUUAUUUUGGCAUGAGUCAGGCGAGAUGGGUUACCACGGAUCUUCAGGAAAAGAUCAAACAGACAACUCACCCAGCAGUGCACCGGUGGACGAGGUUUGCCAAGGGCUUUUGAUACUUGUGGAACUAAAUCUUCUGGUUUUAAGAGAGGAGGACCCGUCAUCUCACAUUGAAAUCCUUCAUAACUUACUAAGAGGAAAGCUGAAUGAAGAAGAAUAUGAGACAUUAAUUACGAUAGACGUGUCAGACGGAAUGGCUAAGAAGAACAGUGAAAAACACACUCUAUAUGUAUGCAAGCUGUAUUUAGACUGGUUUCAACAUCAGAAUUACAACAGUACAUGGACUGUCAUUGUAAAAUGCAUUGAGUUAGUUACUCGCUGGAUCUGGGGCACGACAUACAACUUUCUCUACAACAUGACAGCAGAGGAGAUUUCUCCUCAUAUCCUGAAAAAGGAAACGAGACAAUAUGAAGAUGCUGGAAUCUUCAUUAACUCGCCCUAUUUCUCAGUGCUGAGGAAAGAGAGGCACAUUGAUCUCAUUAUCUCUCUUGACUUUAGCGAUGAUGACCCAUUCGAGACAGUGGUUAAGACUGCUGAAAUGUGCAAAGAACUACACAUUCCUUUUCCUAAAGUUCAGAUAUCAGAGGAGGAUAAACAUGCUCCAAAAGACUUUUAUGUGUUUGAAGGGCACAGCAAUGCACCAAGUGUAAUUCAUAUUCCUCUUUUCAACACAAUUAAUUGUGGAGGAGAUAUUAAAAAGUGGAAGAAAAGGUAUACAACCUUCCAAAGAUCCUACAGCUGUCUAAUGAUCUCUGAUCUGAUGGAGAAAGCUGCGAUGAACAUCAAAAACAACAAGGUAGGCCUUCUGAGAGAGAUUCAGAAAGUCAUCAACAAGAGGUCAACCAACCAAACACUGGACUGAUGAUU